AAGGCGACCAAAUAAGGAGAAGGCGGUCGAGUGACUGUGGAGAGGCCAGGGCUGCAGCAGGAACAUGUUAUGAUAUAUAAACUGGUCCCCCUUUCCAUUGCAGCCCGUACCUAACAUUUCUCAGGAGCCAGCUGUAGGCGCUGAUCUGACACCCAACUUUCACCAUGUGUGACGACGAGGAAACUACCGCCUUGGUCUGCGACAACGGUUCAGGACUGGUGAAGGCUGGGUUCGCCGGAGAUGACGCCCCCAGAGCUGUCUUCCCAUCCAUCGUGGGGCGCCCCCGCCACCAGGGUGUCAUGGUUGGUAUGGGUCAGAAAGAUUCUUAUGUAGGUGAUGAAGCCCAGAGCAAGAGAGGUAUCCUGACAUUGAAGUACCCCAUUGAACAUGGCAUCAUCACCAACUGGGAUGAUAUGGAAAAAAUCUGGCAUCACACCUUCUACAAUGAGCUGCGUGUAGCCCCUGAGGAACACCCCACCCUGCUCACAGAGGCUCCACUGAACCCCAAGGCCAACCGUGAGAAGAUGACACAGAUUAUGUUUGAGACCUUCAACGUUCCAGCCAUGUAUGUGGCCAUUCAGGCUGUGUUGUCCCUAUAUGCCUCAGGCCGUACUACAGGUAUUGUUCUGGAUUCUGGUGAUGGUGUUACCCACAAUGUGCCAAUCUAUGAAGGUUAUGCUCUGCCCCAUGCCAUCAUGCGUCUGGAUCUGGCUGGUAGGGAUCUGACUGACUACCUCAUGAAGAUUCUUACUGAGCGUGGUUACUCCUUUGUGACAACAGCUGAAAGGGAAAUUGUCCGUGACAUCAAGGAGAAGCUGUGUUAUGUAGCCUUGGACUUUGAGAAUGAAAUGGCCACUGCAGCUUCUUCCUCUUCUCUGGAGAAGAGCUAUGAAUUGCCUGAUGGUCAGGUUAUCACUAUUGGUAAUGAACGUUUCCGCUGCCCUGAGACCCUCUUCCAGCCAUCUUUCAUUGGUAUGGAAUCUGCUGGUAUUCAUGAGACCACAUACAAUAGCAUUAUGAAGUGCGACAUUGAUAUCCGUAAGGACCUGUAUGCCAACAAUGUACUGUCUGGAGGUACCACAAUGUACCCUGGUAUUGCUGACCGCAUGCAGAAGGAAAUCACUGCCCUGGCUCCCAGCACAAUGAAGAUCAAGAUCAUUGCACCACCUGAGCGUAAAUACUCCGUAUGGAUUGGUGGUUCUAUCCUGGCUUCCUUGUCCACCUUCCAGCAGAUGUGGAUCAGCAAGCAGGAAUACGAUGAGGCUGGCCCAUCCAUCGUCCACCGUAAAUGCUUCUAAGCAUUUUCGUCGUAACUUACCUCCAUCUCAGGAUGAGGAGAUUUCUGCGUUUUGGCAUCUGCAGGCAGUUUUUCUUGAACUCUCUUCAUUGUACAGUUUGUUUACACACAUGUGCAAUUUAUAUGUGGCUAAAUAUUUAUUAAUUUAUAAAUAAACAAGACCCGGGACUUGCAAUGUA